AAGUCACUAUAAAGAACUGAGAAAAAGGUUUGCUGAGUUUCAAGAUCAAACACCGCAUUUUAGAGUCAGAAGUUCUAUCUCCCAGUGAAAUGCUGCUUUUGCUACUUCUAAUGCUGGGAGUUCUCAUCCCAGGUGGUGACAAUGAACAUGCUUUCCAGGGGCCAACCUCUUACCAUGUCAUCCAGAUAUCAUCCUUUAUCAACAGCACCUGGACACAACAUCAAGGCUCAGGCUGGCUGGAUGAUUUGCAGAUUCAUGGCUGGGACAGUGAGUCAGGCACUGCCAUUUUCCUGAAGCCGUGGUCCAAGGGCAACUUCAGCAAUCAGGAAAUGACUGAACUGGUGGAGGUAUUUCGAGUCUAUUUUAUCGGAUUCACUCAGAUAAUAGAGGAUCAUGUCAGUGAAUUCCAGUUGACAUAUCCCUUUGAGAUCCAGGGCACAGCAGGCUGUGCAGUGCAUUCUGGGAAGACCACAGUAAGCUUCUUGAGGGGAGCUUUAGGAGGACUGGAUUUCCUGAGCUUCAAGAACGGUUCAUGUGUGCCUGCUGCAGAGGGUGGCAACAGAGCACAGAGGUUCUGCACACUUUAUAAUCAGUACCCAGGCAUCUCUGAUAUCACAGAGAGGAUUCUCUUUAAAACCUGCCCUCGAUUUCUCUUGGGUGUCCUCGAUGCAGGGAAGAAGGAACUGCAAAAGCAAGUGAAACCCAAGGCCUGGCUUUCCAGUGACCCCAGCCCUUCGCCUGGCCGUCUGCUGCUGGUGUGUCAUGUCUCAGGGUUUUACCCCAAAGCUGUACGGGUGAUGUGGAUGAAAGGUGUGCAGGAGCAGCCAGGAACUCAUCAAGGUGACCUCCUGCCCUAUGCUGAUGGGACGUGGUAUCUCCGAGUGACCCUGGAUGUGGCAGCUGGGGAGACAGCUAACCUGAAUUGCCGAGUAAAGCACAGCAGUCUAGGAGGCCAGGACAUCGUCCUCUACUGGGAACAUUCUACCUCCACCAGUGUGAUAGUGUUGGCAGUGAUAUUGCCCACCUUGAUUCUUCUGACAUGUCUUGCAUUAUGGUUUUGGAGGCGCCGGUCAUAUCAGAAUAUUCAAUAA